GUAUGAUAUAUACACGGGAGGAAUUGAUCGUACUUUAUGAACGUACUCAUUACUUCCAUGAAAUGUUAUAAAUACGUUGAUCAAUCGAAAUGCAAGCAGAGAAGAGUCGUUCAAUUAAAAUGUGGUACGCAAUUUUGGUUAUCGGAGCGGUUUUAAGUAUCGCGAUAAUCUGGUCAAUAGUGCAGAAGAAUAGCUUCUCGAAGAACAUCGAUGUGUUACAACCGUGGUAUCCGAUAGUUGGUAAUAUGUUCAUGCUCAUAGGAAAGGAUGAUCUGCAAAAAUUUGAGAUCAUUUAUCGAGAAUGCAGUCGUGCAGAUAAACUGUUCCGAUUCUACAUGGGGCCCAAACCAAUGAUUUGCACUGGACAUCCCGACAUGGCCAAGCAAAUAUUAACCGACGCCAAUUGUUUCGAUAAACCGUACCUCUACGAUUUCUUAAUGUUGAAAAAUGGAGUAUUCGCAUCAAAAACACAUAUUUGGAAAGGCCAGAGAAGGGCGCUUUUACCUGCAUUUAAUACGAGAAUUUUAGCCAGUUUCUUGUCAAUUUUUAUCAACCGAUCCAAGAAUAUGAUAAGCAAACUGGAAUCGGUGGCAGUUACUGGAGAAACGUUUAACAUAUUAGAUCAUGCUACCUCUUGCACAUUACGAAUAGUCUGUGAAACGACAAUGGGCUUCGAUUCGAGCGCUUUUAAUAGUACUGAUGAAUUUGCUGCAAGUAUUGAACGUGCACUCUUUAUUGCAGCAAGAAGAAUGGUAAAGUAUCAUUAUCAUUUGAAUUUUAUUUACCGUUGGUCUAAGGACUAUCGCGAAGAGCAAAGUGUUCGUGAAUAUUUGGCAGAUCAAGUGAUGCAGGUCUACAAUAAUUCACACGACAGAUACUCGAAAGGUUUGAUGAAUAAUACUGCUGACGUUGAUGAGAAUCAAUGCUUUCGAAAGCCACAAAUUUUCAUCAACGAGUUAUUCACCAGCACCAUUCGGAAAUUCGAACGAGAGGAAAUAAUCGACAAUAUUCUGUCUAUGAUGAUUGCUGGAACGGACACUUCGGCCAACGCAAUAGCGUUCACCUUGCUGCAAUUGGCAAUGGACUCGCACUACCAGCAAAAGGUGUACGAAGAAAUCAUGCAAGUCUUUCCCGGAGAGGAACCCAACAUCUCCAUGGAGGGGUUGAGACAACUUCAACUUACGGAAAUGGUGCUGAAUGAGACCCUUCGUCUAUAUCCGGUGGCACCGAUAGUGUUGCGCGAAAACACGGCCAAAAUUACUUUAUGCGACCAGCUGCUGCCGAAGGGAAGCAUGUUAGCAAUCAACAUCUUCACCAUUCAUCGACGCAAAGACCAAUGGGGACCCGAUGCGGACUGCUUCAAUCCUGAGCGGUUUUCACCGGAAAAAUCUGCUGGAAGACACCCUUUUGCAUUUUUGGCAUUCAGUGGAGGAUCUAGGAAUUGUCUAGGAAUUCGUUAUGCAAUGAUAAGCAUGAAAAUAAUGCUGAUUUAUCUGAUGAAGAGCUUUCGUUUCAAAACCAAUAUUCGACAAGAAGACAUUCGCUUUCGAUUCGACGCAGUUUUGCGCAUAGAAGGAGGUCAUAUGAUACAAAUAGAGAAACGAUAGAAGCAGAAUAAUCAAUUUUUUUAAUGUACCUUCUUAUUUUCAAAUUCGGUUGCCAGUUUGCACUAAAUAAAGUUG